UUCUUCUCGACCAUCGAGGUCACUCGGCAAGCCUUCUACAGGACCGCUCUCUCCUAUGCCAUAGUCAACCUGAAACCAAUCGUACCCGGACAUGUCCUGGUCAUACCCACCAGACCCGUACAGCGCCUCGCAGAUCUGGACGCGUCCGAGCUCUCAUCCCUGAUAACCUCCGUCCAGAAAGUCGGCUCGGUCAUCGAGCGCGCGUACGGCGCUGAUGCGCUGACGAUCGCAUGCCAGGAUGGUAAAGCAGCUGGGCAGAGCGUCCCGCACGUGCACUUCCACCUCCUGCCCAGGAAGCUCCAAGGCGACCGCUUCCAGGAGAACAACGAUGAGGUGUACCCCGCGCUCGAACGAUCCGAGGGAUCGCUGCCGCGAGAUCUGCAGUCCGCUACGGGCGGGAAGCUGUCGGUGGACAGCGCGCCGAUCAAGAUGGACGCCGAUGAGGAAAGGAAGCCGCGGACGAUGGAGGAAAUGGUUAAGGAGGCGGAGUGGUUGAAGACGUUCUUCGAGCAG